AUGCAUCUCAACACUCCCCUCAGCCUGCUCACAGCAGCUGCGGCAACCCUCACCCCCCUCGCAACGGCCCAAUGCAACGGCAAAACCGCCUACUGCGACCGCUCCUGGUCCAACAUCACCGCCGUUGGCGCUCAUGACAGCCCCUUCGUCGGCUCCAGUCUCAGUGACAACCAGGACAUCAAUAUAACCGCCCAACUCGAGAUGGGCAUUCGCUUCCUCCAGGGCCAAACUCACCACUUCCUCGGCGAGCUGAUGAUGUGCCACACCAGCUGUUUCCUCGAAGACGCAGGCACACUGACUAACUUUCUGUCGGAAAUCAAGACUUGGUUAGACGCGAAUCCGAAGGAGGUGGUGACGGUGUUGGUUACGAAUGGGGAUAAUGUCGGAAUAGGCAAUUUUAGUGCGGCGUUCGAGUCGAGUGGGAUUGAUAAGUAUGCAUAUGUGCCAAAGACGAGCCCCGGUGUGUUGCCGAUUGGGGAUUGGCCGACGUUGCAGGAGUUGAUUGAUCAGGGAAAGAGGGUUGUUGCUUUCUUGGACUACGGCGCAGAUAUGUCUUCAGUCCCCUACAUCCUCGACGAAUUCUCCUACUACUUUGAGACACACUACGACGUGACGGACUCCACCUUCUCAGAUUGCAGUAUCGAUCGCCCCUCUGGCGCAAGUGCUGAUGGUCGUAUGUAUAUCGUCAAUCACUUCCUUGACAGGGAUAUUCUCGGUAUUGAUAUCCCCGAUCGCGAUGCUGCAGCUGCCACGAAUGCUGUCUCUGGCCCGGGUAGUAUUGGUGCCCAGGCGGCGCUUUGUGAGGGUUUGUAUGGGCGUGCGCCGAAUGGGAUUUUGUUGGAUUGGACUGAUUUGGGGGAUCCAAUUGGUGCGCAGAAUGCUAUCAACGGGGUAUGA